CAGCCGGGGCCCAAGAUGGCGCCGCCCACCCCGACCUGCCCAAGAUGGCGGCGGGCGACGCCUCUCUCCCUCUCGUUGCCCUCCAAGAUGGCGGCGUGCGGCACGGCCCCGCCCCGCCGCCCGACCUCCCCAAGAUGGCGGCGGCGGGCCUCGCCCCGCCCCUUGGCGGCGGCUCCAAGAUGGCGGGCGGCGCGGUGGAGCCGGGGCGGGUGGUGGAGGCGCUGGAGCUGCUGCUGGGGCGGCCCGAGGGGCCCGGCCCGGACGGCGCUCCCCUGCGGCUGGAGGCGCUGCGCGGCAACGCGGCGGCGUUGGAGGAACGGCUGCGGGGGGAGCCGUGCUGGGCCGCGCUGCGCGGCUUGCGGGCCGCCGUGCUGGGCCGGGCCCCCGCGCUGGCAGCCGGGGCGGAGGACGAGGCCGAGCCGGGGUGGGCCGCGGCCUGCGCGGUGCUGGCGCUGCUGCUGUGCCUGAAGGAGCGGCUCGCGGCGCUGUCCGCCGCCCCUACCGCCCCCGCGGCCGCUCCCGGGGCCGCCCCCCCGCCCGCCGCCGACACGCUGAGCGCGGCGCAGGGCCGGACGGUGCGGCGGGCGCUGCGGGCCGCGGUGGGGCUCGGGCUGGUCCCGUACCUGCCGCCGGGCGUGGGGCAGCGCCCGGGGCUCCCCGCACCGCCGCCGUCGCCGGGGGUCGCCCGCGGGGCCCGGCUCCGUGCCGCCACCGCCGCGCUGGUGGAGCUGGCCCAGCACCCCGCGCUCGGCGUCCCGCUGCUCGCGCAGCACCUCGGUCUGCUCCUCGCCGGCCUCUGCCUGCUGGGCCACGGCCCCGCCGUGCACUGCGAGGGCCUUUCAGAAGCGGAGCGGGCACAGAGCCGGGAGGCCCUGCAGCACGUCCUGGACUGCGUCUAUCAGCCCCUGGCGGUGCGGGAGCUGCUCAUCCUGCAGGGCGGCCCCAAGCAGAGUCCUCCUGCUGGGGAAGAAACAAAGCCAGCCCUCGCUCGGUCCCCAGCAUGGCUGCGUCGCCUUUGUGGCCAGCUGCUCUCAGAACGGCUGAUGAGACCCAAUGGGCUUCAGGCUGUGGUUCGGGGCAUCAUGGAGGGAGCUGGCGGUGGCACUGAUGCUGAAGCAGCAGCUGUGAACUGGAGAAAAUGUGAUGCGGUUGCAAAGAUCCUGGCUUCCUGCCCUCAGCAGUGCCUUUCCCUGGAGGAUUACUACAAACACGUGUGCCCCCAGAUCUUGGACUUACUGCACAUCCAGGACAAACUGACAGCGCGGCAGUUCCAGAGGGUGGCCACCACGACGCUGCUCACCAUGGUGAAAGAGCACCCUCAGCUGGCAGAGAAGCACCUGCUCCAGCCUCUGCUGACACCGCUUCUCCGCUGCUCAGAUGCAGCAGAGAUAGCAGAGGAAGAUUUGUCAGCAGGGACAGUGCUGGUGACAGAGGCAGAGCUCAGCAGCUGUGUGGAAGAUGUGUUCAAGGUAUACGUGGUUGGGAAUGACAGCUCCAGCCUGCUGCUGAGAUCCUUACAGUCAGUCCUGGGAGUGGUUUUCUCCCUCUAUUCCUUUGCCAAGCAGAAUGUGUCAUACUUACGCUCCCCGUGCCAGGAGGUGCUGCUGUGGUUCCUGGAGAAGUCAGAGAGGGAGACUUCGCUGUGGGUGCUGGAGGGCUGCGUGGGGUUGACCAGCAGUGUGCACCGCCUCCACCCGCAGUGCUGCUUCCGCGUGGGCAGCGAGGGUGGUGCAGCCAUCGCAGUGAAGGAGCCCAUCAGCGAUGAAGAUGAGGCCCUUUACCAGAAGGUUUCCUUGGAGCAGUGCCACGUGGAGAGUUUAGUGGAGCUGCUGUCUCACUGCCAGCAGAGUGGCCUGGCUGGAGACUUCUUCAUCCACUGCCUGAAGGCACUGACGCACGUGGCUGUGGAGGAUGAGGCAGCAGCGAGCUGUGGUGCCGUGGCUGGAUGUAGCCUCCUGGAGCUGGAGCAGCACAGUGCUGGGCAGAAGAGGAAGCUGCUGGUCCUGCAGCUCGUGGCCACACUGUGUGAGAGCGUCUCGGACACUGUGUUCACCAACAUUGCUCAGCAGGUGGAGGAGUUCGUGGCUGUCACACUUCAGAGGGCGUGCGUCAGCCUGACCCAGGGCCAUGGCACAGCAGUGGAGGCGCAGACCCUGAGCAUGGCCAUGGGGCUGGUGGCUGCCAUGCUCAGCGGAGCCGUGCAGCUGAAGUCGAGCGACUUUGCUGUCCUGAAGCGGCUGCUGCCCUUGCUGGAGGAGGUGUCCUGCACACAUCCUGACCCCGUCAUCCAGGAGCUGGCUGCGGACCUACGCAUCGCCAUCUGCACUCAUGGUGCUUUCUCCACCGAGACAGUUGACACUGCAGCUGAAAGCAUGCUGGGGAAAAAGCUGGGGCCAAGCAGGACAGAAGCUGGCACAGCCCCCUGCCAAAGCCCAGGAGCUGGUGGGGCACUGCCACGGCACGGCCAUGGCUGCAGCCACCCCUCGGCUUCCAGGGAGAGUGAAGAGCAGACUGUGCAUGGGAAGCCCUCUGCUGCGGGUCCUGCUGCAGCCCCAAGCGCUGAGAGUUUGACCCCAGCUCAGCUCCAUGAGCUGCUUCUAUCAGCCUAUGACCCCCAGGUUCCUGUCCGGGCAGCUGCCCUGCGCAGUCUUUCCAGCCUGAUAACGCAGCGGAACCCGGAGGCACUUCAGAUUCAAGAGAAAAUCCUCCAGGUUUUCCUAGAAAGUGUGCAGCAUGAGGACUCCUUUGUGUACCUUUCUGCCAUUCAAGGUGCUGCCCUGCUGUCCAGUGAGUACCCAGAGCAGAUCCUGCCCGUCCUGCUGGCCCGCUAUGGGCGUCCUGUCCAGGGCACAGAGGACACCACAGCUGCUGUGACCAGGAUGAAGCUGGGCGAGGUGCUGAUGCGCAUCACUCGGGCGCUGGGGGAUAUGGUCAUCAAGCACCGGGAGCCCCUGAUCCAUGCCUUCCUAAGGGGAGCGCGGGACCCGGACAGCACACUGCGUGCCAGCAGCCUCUCCAACCUGGGGGAGCUGUGCCAGAGGCUCGGCUUCCAGCUGGGCUCUGUCAUCCAUGAGGUGUCCUCCUGUUUGACGGCCAUCGCCAAGACAGACCCUGAGGCAGAGGUGCGGAGAGCGGCCGUGCAUGUGGUGGUGCUGCUGCUGCGGGGGCUCAGCAAGAAGGCAACUGAGGUGCUGCAGGACGUGCUGCGGGACCUGUACCGCCUGCUGAAGCACGUGGUGGCAGCCGAGCCCGACGGCGCGGCCGUGCUGCAUGCCCAGCUGGCACUGGAGGAGCUGGACACGGCCGUGAGGAGCGUCCUCUUCCCUCCGCAGGUGCUGGAGAAGAAGAUCGUGGUGCUGCCAUAGCGGGUGUUGGGAGCUAUUCCCUGCAGAAAGCCACUUUUCCUGCUCUGGUGCUGUGUGAAUUUGGUCCCUGGAGGAGAUACGUUCGCUGUGCCCCCAGGCUGCCUUCAGCAGGUGUCAGCUGUAGUGAAAGCACAGCGGUGCUGGGGGUGUGUAGCAUCUCCAGUGUGGGGGGGUGAGAUUAAAAGGAGAAAUCCUC